UUGCUUACUUUUAAUUUGAAUAGCCUUGCAACCGUGUUGAAACUAUAACAGUGUUGUGCAAGAUCAGGUAAUGGAAUAAUCGACGAGUUGGUUGCCAAUCCAUCUUGAUCAACGAUCCUUCGUAUCGAUUUUCAUUUGAAUAUACAUAAUGAUUUACCUAUACAUCGAGGCGAAUCAUAACAUAAGUAAUUACUAAUUACAAAUCGUGGUCAUUCAUGUCUCCGAUUAUUACUGAACAUUUCUUGGGCGGAGGAUGGAGUAAAACGAUGUCGUCAUUCAAUGUUUUUUCCUUAUGCCGUUACCAGGGCAGACGAAGAAGACCGGACAAAAACCGGACAAACGACUUGUAUCGACUCUUUAGUCGUAUUAAAACCACGAUAAAUUUAUCAGCCGGUACAAAAUUUGCAGAAUCCAGUAGACAGGUGGUAGGAAAAUAUAAUAAUAACUUUUAUUUUUAUCUCGUACUCGAAGUAAAAAUUUUAUUUGAUCAAUGAAAUCGCUUUGCUUAUUGUGAGUCGGUUCGUUGGCGUUUUGCUCAUUGGGACAAAAAAUUCUUUUUCUACAUGUUCUCGAAUAGAUUUGAUUUUACUGAAAUGCGGGAGUGGGGAAGCGAUAGACGUUUGCAGAUGGCUUGUGACGGUCUUUCCGCGAUGAUAAAUUUUGAAACAUGCCGAGGAUGCAACGUAUUGCGUGUGUAAUACGCUCACGGGGGCUUACGAAAAUUGGCUUGUUCGAAAAGUUCUUGUAUGUUUUCCGAUCAACGCCCUGAUAUUCUUCACUCAAUGAUAUUACUGAUAUUUUGAUUGAUGAUUACUGAUAUAUAUAUUUCAGUAGCAAUCAUCAGUCAACGAUUUCAACGUUUAGCUUGAAAUCGACAUUCAGCGGGGUAGUUCAAAUCUAUUGGAAGUUCAUCCGAAUAUGGCCGAACCAAUCAGUGGAAUGGAUUUGAGGAACACGAAGGUUUACGAUCAGCUUGAAAUGAAUGGAUUUCGGAUUUGUAGGGAUAACGUAUUGUAGAUACACAAGAUACCAAUAAUCCUCACUAGUCUUUAUUGUAAUUAAAUACUACUCAUCAUCGAGAGCGAGAACAUUUCGAAUCGAAAAUACAUACGCGUUGAGAUAUUUUAUUCUUCUGUAAAUUGUCGUCGCGAGAAAUGAAAUUCUGACUUUUAUCCGAUUCGAUGUUUUGGCAGCAGUGGAACUCGCGAUUGGUUUGCAAGUGUGCGCUGCUCAAGAGGAGUGGUGCACGUCAAGUCAAUCGUUAUAUUUUCUAACCUUGUCGCGACAUCGCGAUCACGACUCACGAGUCCUACGUAAAGUAAAGUCGAGUUAAUACAGCUGACUGACUCCUCUUAUGCACGAAUUUAAAUCGGGUUAUACCUACGCUAUUAAUUGAAUCAAAUAACGUAUAAUGUGGAAGGAAUUCUUAGUUAGUUGCUCGUAGCCGCGAAUCGGGGCACCCUUACACGUAUACCCCGAGGUAAAAUUAGGGCUCUGUGACAGUCGUGAAAAAAACAAGGAUGCAGAUCACCCUGAGUGAUAGUGAAGAAUCGUGAUUUAUGCCUUCAUUACCCUUUUUGUGGUGGUGACGCUUAUUUUCAUACAUAAUCGACUUGUUGCCAUCGGCCGUGCCGAGAACAUGGCUUCGUCGAACAGGGGCAUUCAAAUUGGAUCAGCUUGGUUUCAAAAGAAAAUUAAUCUCAGGCCUCAACACCGAGGGGUACACCUGGUGACCGAAGAAAUUCUCAGACAGAUUCCUGAGCUCUGCCAAUUCUCCGUUGGACUAUGUCAUAUACAAAUUCUUCACACAUCGGCUAGCUUAGCACUGAACGAAAGCUGGGAUCCUGAUGUGAGAGACGAUAUGGAAAUGAUGCUCAACAAAAUUGUACCGGAAGGUAUGCCUUACAGGCAUAGCUGCGAGGGCCCUGAUGACAUGCCAGCCCACGUGAAGGCGUGUUUUUUGGGCUCCUCGCUAAGUAUUCCAAUAACGGAUGGGAAACUGGCGUUGGGUACGUGGCAAGGAGUUUGGCUCUGCGAGCAUCGCGAUCAUGCAGGAAGUAGAAAAUUGGUUAUAACAUUGACUGGCUGCUUGAGGGACUCCGCGCGGAGCCCUUUGAGCCCUGUUAGCCCAAUAGCUUCUACAAGCAGCUAGGACCACUCUCACCGCCGACGGCGCAGCAAUCUACAGCUGCGCAUAUCCACGUCUAGCAAUUCGAGCUAGCAGCCGCCUAACCUUAGCUGAAAUCUGAGAGUACGACGUGAGAAUUAAUGCAGACAAUAUCUGAUUCUGCAACUGUCCAACAUUAAUGUGGUUGCGGUCCUCUCGGAAGAGAAUUGAAAACUGAGGGUAUCGGUGUUUUGAAACCUAGUCAUCCUGGUUAUUCGUUCCGUUGGAAUUCGUGAUUUUCAUAUUGAUUUCAUGACUAUCCAGUUAUGUCUCAUUAAUGAGCGCAAUUCCCAUACAAACAGGCUGAUGGGUGCAGGCUUGUGAUUAUUUCAAUAUAUGCCUACCCCUCUCUCAUCCAUUUGUGGGAACCUCGAUCACCAAUUCAAUGUACGUAUUGACAAUUUCUGCUUCGUACUCUUAGUAAAAACCAACCUGCUGCGUUUUGGUACAAUAAUUUAACGUUCAAUCAAAUCCGUUCCAACAUCAUUCCAAUUUCGCAUCAUCGCUGUACAGCAUUGUUCUAGUCAUUUCAUUGUUAUAUGCGCAUUUUUGAGACAGUAGUGAUAAAAGUUUGGGGUCUCAUUGAGCUGUUUCAGUGAGUCGAUGAUUUGUUUAAUAUUCGGAACUACAUACAAUUGAACGGAUUUCAAGUACCACUACGUCCAUGGUCGGUCUUAGCCAUUUUUCCUCCUCGUAUACACAUAUUAUAAAUGGUCGUCCAUUAAAAUUACUGGAAAUGCUUCAACUUAAAGUAUGUUAACACAGACGAAAUAAUAUCUGAGAAUAAAAAUAUGUUAAAAAAUUAAAUAAUAGAGGAGCUCAAAAUGUGCGUGGCUAAAAUAAAAGAUAAAAAAACAUCACGCGGUCAUAGUUCAUUUGGUACGCAAAUGUCUCUCAUCUGUAUAAUAAUUCAAAUUGCAUAUGGCCACUGUACCUGUAUUAAGAAUCAUACAUAUUGGCAUGCCUGAUUAUGUGACACUAAUAACAAGCUGUCGUUCAUGGCUUUUGGAUCAUUUUUGUUCACAUCAUUUUACAAGAAAAAUUCAUCUAAAUAAGAGCAAUCACUUCGUCAAUUUAUGACUAUUUCUGUUGCUAAAACAGCCAACAAUGAUCAUUAAUUGUAUAUUAAACGUCGAUGACAUCCUCACUGCUCAAUUUGAUAUGAUCAAUAUAUUAUAAUAAUAAUGUUAUUUGUGUCGAAAUAUGUUACGCGGCGAAUAGAGUCUUAUUAUAGCCGUACAGGUUUACAGCCUGUGUUUCAUUGAUGAAAAUCUGAUCACAAGAGAUUGUAUGAUGUUCAUUGAUGAGAGAGACAAUAUUUGCGAUUGGCAGUAUGUAAAAAAUUGCCGUCUGAGCGGUAUAACAAUUCACAAAGCAGUUGAGAUUGAUCUGUAAAAAGAAAAACAAAAAGGAGGGAUCAGCAAACGAUCAUAUGAAUAACAUUCUAUAAUCCUGAGUUGUGAAAAAAAAACAACCGAAAACUCUCCAAACGUCGGUCAUAACUUUGAUCUAAAUGCGUUAAAUAAUCAUUAUUAGGUUCGUUGUAUCUGUAGUGUUUGAAUUUUGCCACACAAAUAUAUUUGCAAGGAAACAGUUUUAGAGUUGCAGUUUCAUGACAUGUAUGAAGCCUGAGCUGUACUUGAAUCCUGAAUCCUAUAAUGAAUACUGAUCACAAGUUGUAGGCACUUCUUGGGAAGAUAAAGGACAUGACAUUUGUCGUCAAAUAAUUCUAAUCAAUUCCCUCAUGCCAGGAGGUUGUUCAAAAUAGAUACUAUAUCGGCUGUAUCAAAGCGUGUUGAUAGUUUGAACGUGGCCAUGGAGGUUUGUUGAAUUUUUUCAAUUGUCGUAAAUUAUUGAAACUAUUGAUUUUUGGCGCACACCGACUAUAUGUCGAAUGCCAUUGCCACAAAUAUAAUAAAUAUUUUUGUUGUUUCUUGUGCUCCGUUAACUUUUUAGGUAUAUCGACACGGAUGUAAAAAAAAAAAGAAAUAAAAUAAUAGCUUUAGUCAUAGAGAAGCACAAAUUUGUAAUAAGCUAUUUUAUAGUACCUACCAUAAUGAUUAAGAUAUGUCCAAUGGCUUUAAUAGCAAUUAACUUAAACUGAGGGGCUUUUUUCAUUUAGAUUAUUGCACAAUUAUACACGAAAAUAGGCAAUCCUUAUCGGUGAACCUCAAUCAACUUCUGCCUGCUAAUUAAAAAAAAUUGAAAAAAAAAAAAAUUAUUCACGCAAGACUCUCUUAGUUAUUCACUUUCAAACCUCAGGGCCUUGUAUAAAAGUGAACGGGAAAACAGUGAAAUUAUCAAAGUAGCAUUCUGAUAUCACCAAAAAGCUUGUUGUCUUACAUGAUUUUUAGAAUACGAAGGUCCUAAUAAUUGAUACGAGCAGCAAACUCUUCCGUACCAUUUAAAAAACCUUUUUAACGUGUCGGUUUUUAUUGCAAAACCCUAUUCUGUAGUAAAAAGACUGUUGGAAUUUUAUUCAUACUUUUUUGAUCCGUCGUAACAAAAGAUUUUUCAUUAAAAUUUCUGAUAAUAUUAUUAUAAUAUAUAGAAAUACUAUAAUCCGACUUUUUUUUGUCAAGCUGAUCAUAGGAUUAUGUAUAAAAAGAUGUGUGCUACGAUUUUCAAAAAAGUCACUGUUCUUAGCGUCGUACAAAAAGAAUUUUUUGGAUAUUAAUUAACGAAUCAUAAGACAAAAAAGAAAAUUGAAAAAAAAAAUACAAAAAAAAAUACAAAUAAACAAUAUAACGAACGGUAUGAAACUUAUCGUUAAACAAUUAGGGAUGUGUAAAUUUGGUGCGUUGCUUGAAUUUUUAUUGAAUUUUCGAUGUCUUGUUAAAAGAUUGAAGAAAUCUUUCCCCCUAUAGCAUAAUUGAAGGACUAUACCAAUAUAGAUAUCUGUGAAUAAUAACGAUUAGCUAUUUAGUAUAUAAUGAUAACAAUAAUCAUUAUAAUAAUAACAGUAAUAAUAAUACUAAUAAUAACAAUAGGAAUAAAAAAAUAAUAAUUAUGCUAAUGAUAAUACUAUCAAUAAUAAUAAUAAUAGUAAUAAUUACGUGAAUAAAUAAUGAUAAUUAUGAUAAUAAUAAUGUUAACAAUAAAAUGAAAAAUAAUAAUAUUAAUUAAAAUAAUAUUAGUGGUUAAUAAAAACAAUGAAAAAACAAUACAACACGUUGUGACCAAGUUAUUCGAUUAUUGUUAUCACAAACGAAAGAUGAAUAGGAGUCCGAAUGGAGAAUACAUGAGAAAUAUCGCAGACGGAAAGCAAAGAAAUUUUUUUUAUGAGAUACAGCAGAACUGAAACUCGUAAGUAACGUAAAUUUGCAAGAAAACGAAAAAAAAAAUGAAAAAAAGAACAGAACUUGCUACUUACACAAUUCACCAGUCAAUAUGUGUAAGCCUAAUAUAGUGGGUAAUGAUUACUGAUAACAUUACCGAUGAUAAAAAUUGAACAAACCACUAAAUUGCUGUACAUAAAGAAAAACUAAUAAUAAAAUAGAUUGGCAAGGGCGUGAAAGCUGAAAAAACGGAAGAGAAAUAUAUCAGAACGCAACUCUUGUACGUGGAUGUUUCGAAAGUUUUUGGAUACAUUCGAGAAAAUAAUUAUUGAAAGAAACGAAAAUUGAAAUAACGGAAAUUGAAAUAAUAUAAUGUAUAAUAAUCAUAGGGCAAAAAAAACAAUAUGACACACAAAAAUCGUCGGAAGGUGACAAUAUAGUGGGUUCCGUAGAUUUAUUAUGUAAAAAAAACACAUUUUAAUUAUUGUAAAAUUAUAUGAAACAGUGUUUGGACGAUCGUGUUUUUGUUAUUUUCCUCUUUGUUAUUUUAUCGUUCAACUCAUUUUCACUUCGAUAAUCGUUCCUAUCAUACGUUUCCAAUCCGCGUAAGAAUUUAUGAAAAAAAAAAAUAUUUUUUCGCAAAAUCAUUGAGGAAAUUGACUACAAUAUAAAAAUGUAAGAAAAAAAACACGCUCGUCCGAACUGAUUGCAGUAAAAUUGCAGAUCUUAAUAUUAUGUAAAAUGAUAGAAUAAAACGCGUUGUUAUUUAAUUAAUAAUAUUAUUAAUUUAUUAUUCACAAGAAAAUGAAUGAAAAAAAUUGUAAAAAAAAAACAGAAAACAAGAAGAUCUUUAGAAAAAGAACAAACAUUGAAAAGAAUAGAACAAAAAAGAACAUUCUUAAUAUAUAAAUAAUGUGUGAGGUAAAAGUUACACGCAAGAAAAAUCGAGAGGAAAACGAAAAAAAAUGAAUAAAAAUAUUACCACUUAAGUAGCUAUAAAGAUUAAAUUAAAAUUACCAUUUAAUAAUUAUUAUAUUAUUAGAAUGUGAUUGACGGGCGUGAGUUAUAUUAUAACUUUGUCACUAGCCAAUUAACACAUCCCGUCAGAAAAAAAAUAAAAAUAUAAAACGAAAUGGAAAAUAGAGUAAUGAGAAAAAUAAAACAUGACAGAAGAGAAACAAGCUUCACUAAACCCGAAACACAAGUAUACCCAUUGAGAAAUGAAAAGAAAUAUUAAUAUUAAUAAUAAUAACAAUAAUAAUAAUGAAAUAAUGAUGCACAUCUGUUAUAUAAAAUCAAUAGUAUACAUUUUAUCGUAUAGGUAUUUGUAAAAUAUGACAUUUUUUCUAUUUUUUAUUUUUUUCUUUUUCGUUUUUUUUGUCGAUACAGGUCAUAAUUCUAUAUCAUGAUAUGUACAUGUAUAUACCUAUUUAUAUGUAUACAUGGUCACGUAUUGUUUAUAUGUGUGUAUACAAAAAAAAUGCCCAUUGUUUGUAAUCUAUAGUUACAGUCGAUUAUUUAUGGACUAAAGGUGAAAUAAUAAUCUUGUGCAGGCGUAUAAUAUUAUAUACAUAUAUAUGUGUAUAUAUUGUAAUAUGUCAUACUAUGUAUACAUGCACGUAAACAUAUCCAUGUAUAUAAUAUAAUAAUUUAAUGUAUAGGUAUGCAAAAGUUGCGUAUGAAAAACACGACAGCAACCAACAAGUAGUGGUGUCUCAGAUUGAAUGAAGAAAAUUUUUUCGACCGGUGUUUAUUAUAUAAAUUUGAGAACCCUAUAUUUGUUAUGAAGUACCCUAUACAAUAUACAUAAUAGUAAUAUUAUAAUAAAAUACCAAGAUUAUACCGAUGAA